AUGGCAUCUCCCAUCAUCACCGUUACCACCCAGCACCUCCACGGCAUCUCCCAUCAUCACCGUCACCACUUCCGGCCACCCCCUGCUCAUCGCCACCUACAAUCUCCACAACCUACAGUCAUACCCGCAGCCGUAACAUCCAACCCACAGAACCCCUUCCAGAGCACCAGCAUCCAUCAGGCCCACCAGCAGCCGAUUCCCCCUUCUGCAACUGCUGCCGCUGCAACCAUCCUAGAACUACACAGCAACAACGGUGACUCCUUCCAACUCCGGCCGUCACCCGUCCUCACCACAGACCACCCUACAGCCUCUGCAACUCUCUCCGGCGACCACUCCAGCACCAGUCCCAGCCGCGGCUGUCUCCGGCCAUCUCACAAGCAAACCAAGCCCCCUUCAGCCACGACUCCCAUCUCCGGCCCCCUCUGUAAGCCCCACUGCAUGUAG